AUGAUGGUAGUCGAGUUCAUAGCGGAGAGGUCACCACCUCAACCUUCAUUCAUCUCAAUCACCGAAUGCCAACGUAAUGGCAGAUACAAUGAAGAACUGCGAGUGCCCCGGGACUUAUACUGUUCAGGAAGUAUUGAAUCUCGCGGCAGAGGAUAUACCAAGGCAAUAGAACCCGAUAGACUCUAUGGAGUACCGAAUUUCAGAUUAACGAUGUCAUUUCCUUUGGUGAACAGUGUUGUUGUCGUAGAAGACUGGUCCAGCUCUGGGGAGAAGAAGCAAGAAAUCCCAGCAAGCCUUUGCGGGAUAGAAUCUUCCGGUCAAUGCCCACAAAUUUCUUCGAACCCCAUUCGAAACCCGCGCUCCUCCACUCCCGGCUCUCAACAAACCCUAUGCCCCAAUCAUCCCGUCAUCAAGGCGCUUGAGGCAGAGACACUGAAAGAAGAUAUACGGCUUGAGAAGGACUCCUACGAAACUCUGAUCAAAGAAGGUGGCAUUCCGUCCCACCCGUUCGGGCUCGGACUCGAUAUAAUCGACGACCCUCCCGAACAGUAUGAGGAAUUAAUUUCAUUCUCUGGAUCGCUGGAGGACUUUUGGAAGAUAUCAGCAAAUAGUGAAGUUUGGGAACGCCAACAGAAAUAUGAAACUGAGGAUAACACACUGCUCCACCAAAACCGUGAUGAACAGAGCAAGUACGAGGACUGGAUAGAGUAUCAGGACUAUUCUCAACAACUCGUCGGAGAUGUAGAGAAACGCCUGGCCGACGGGGAACAACAGCUUGUCAUGGCACCGGAGGAACUAAAGAAUGCGGGAUUUCCAGUGGAUGAAAAGAUGAAUGAGCGCAUCAUGGACGGGGUUGCAUUGGCCUUUAUGCAGAACAUGUCCAAGGAGAAGCAGUUGAAAUUGGCUGAAGAAAGACUGCAAAGAAUUGAAUCAGAAGACCGUUUGGGAGACUCAAUAAUCGUAAAGGAUUGGAUCAGACUCUCACAGGAAGAGCCGGAACUGGGCAAAGGCAGCGGCAAUACAGCUGGUUCAAUAGCAAGGAGGGAAGUUGAACUUCUCUGA